UAAGAUGGUUCAGCAGCCAUAACACGAGCCGCGACGGUCGGGUCCAGCCUCAGUCUGUCAGUCGGGGGCGCCCGGCGCACACGGAGCAAGUUUAGAGCGAGCGAGCGGGUGCGACGUCACUAUCAGGCCCUAUCGGCGCCAUGGGACCCUCAGUUCUGGUGGCCGCUGCGGUUCUGGUGAGCGGCACAGCGACUCAAAUCAACGAGUCCUACGGCCUGCUGGCCAGCCAGGUGGUGAAAGGUAUCGUACACGCCUGCUCCGACGGCAUGCGGGAGACGGUUAGAGAGGAGGUGGGCCGGCAGCUCGCGACCACCGGCCGGUCAGUGUCCCAGGAGUGUCCGGCCGGCUGGAGCCGCCACGGAGACACGUGCUACCUCAUCCCGCCGCGGCUGGCCAGCUGGCCCGUGGCGCACCACGUGUGCGCCACACUCGACAGCCGCGCGCGGCUCGCCUCCGUCCACCCGGACUCGAGACGGUUCGUCGAGUCGCUGGUGGAGUCGUUCGGCGCGUCGCGUGGAGUGUGGAUCGGCCUGGCCCGUUCUCAAAGCAUACACGAGUGGGUUUGGUCGGACGGAACACCGCUCGACCUGGCCCGCUGGGAGCCGGGCCAGCCCAACAACGGGGAUCGAGAGAGGUGCGCGCAUCACGGUUGGCCGGGCUCCUCUCGCACAGGGUGGCACGACAACCACUGCACCACGGAACUCAACCUGCUCUGUCAGCUCCGUAUCGCCCAGUGACAGCUCUGUGCUCCCCAGUGACGGUGUGGGUGUGCUACAGUGUCUGGAGUACAGCAGCACAGUGUCUGUUUAACGUUAUUUUUGCGAGGUUUAGAGAUAACAAUGUAUGCAGCAAUCAUCACGUAAAUAAUAUUGUAGACAAUCGUGAUAAUUAAGAAUCAUCAGCAAGGGGAGUUGCUGACAAGGAUCGAAAAUACCAAAAAAAAAAAAACAUCAGACUGGGUAAUUUGCCGAUGUGAUAAUAAAACUACGGAGCGGAGACGUGGUGGCGGCCGCGGCAGGUCCUUCCAGAACCACAGGCUGCGUCCGGCUCCGGCCGGGUGGAGGGAUAAACAUUAAACAACACGAGUUGUAAUAAAUGUGAAAAUAAAACAGAGUCACAGCACUCUGCAGGAGAGGUCC